AUGCUGCAAGCACUGAGGAAAGAUUUUGAGACUCUUCAGAUGAAACAAGGAGAGUCCAUCAAUGACUAUUUUUCAAAAGCAAUGGCAAUUGCAAACAAGAUGAGUAUCCAUGGCGCGAAGAUGGAAGACGUGACCAUCAAGAUCAAUAGGAGUACAUAUGAGGAACAUGCGUUGAAAGUUUCAACAAAUAGUGAUUCUCUGGCAGCAAGAGGUUGUGAUGGUCGUGGUCGAGGACGUGGUAGAGGAGGCAGCCAUGGAAGAGGUCGAGGUAGCAAAGAUGGGAACAAAUCCAAUGAUGAUUCUGGGAGCAAAGACACUUAUGAUUCCGUGAGUAGCAGUAGAGGCUAUUAUAAUUCUGGAAGCAACAGCAGCAGAGGCCGAAGGCAGUCAUACAAUCAUGAUUCAAAUGUCGACAAGUCAAAUGUCGAGUGUUUUAGGUGUGGCAAUUAUGGUCAUUACCGGUCUGAAUGUUACACAAAUAUGAAUAAAGCAAAGGGUGCAAGGGCGAAUGUUGCAGAGAAAGAGAAAGAAGAUGAAGGGACUAUUCUAAUGGUGUGUCAAACUAUGAAAAAACCACAAAAGAACGUGUGGUACUUGGAUACAGGUUGCAAUAAUCACAUGUAUGGAGAAAAGUUAAUUUUCUCUGCCUUAGAUGAAAGCUUCACAAAUACAAUGAGAUUUAGAGAUGACACCAAAGUUUCUAUUUUGGGAAAAUGA